ACGGACACAACUUGUUCCCAUUCAACCGCCGGACGAGCCAGCAACCCGGGGUUCGAGUGGGAAGGCGGGGGAGCAUAUACAUAUCGUUGUUACCGAAAUCCUGUUUCUAUCCGUUCCCCUGGUCCCGACAAGUAUCCCUUAGGAUGGCUCGUUUGAAAGUCCAUCGUUUCCCCCCACUCACUCAUCAUGCCACCGAGGUCUCUCCUGAACCAUGAAUCUCCACUCGGAGAGUCUAAGAGCGAGGUGGCAGCGGCGGUAGUCCCUCAAGUUAAUCGGACUUGGACUAAUAAUACCAAGUCCAUAUUCACAACCGUCGCUCACCAUGUUAAGAAGCACGUUGGCGUUGGUAUAAUUUGUUCUGUGGCCUACUUCGAUCCAGGCAAUUGGAGCGUCGACCUCCAAGCAGGUUCUGAAUUUGGCUAUAGGCCGAUGCUCUUUGUAAUUCUUUUGGCAGGUUUGGGUGCGAUGGUGCUUCAGACUCUGUCGCACAGGUUAGGAUGUGUCACAGGAUAUGAUCUAGCGACGCACUGCAGACUUUUGCUGCAUGAUAGACCUAAAUACCGCCGAUUAUUCCGCUAUGCUGCUCUUUAUCCGCUUUACGUUCUGUGUGAGAUUGCCAUCAUUAGUACAGACUUGGCAGAGCUCUUGGGUUCUGCUAUAGGUCUUUGUCUUAUUUUCCCGACGUUGCCUCUCUAUGCCGGAGUACUGCUCACUGCUAGCGAUGUCUUGGUAUUCCUGCUUUUGGGAGAUCCUUCUCGAGGACAGGGGCGACCUGUGAAAACCUUUGAGUACACUAUCAUUGCACUCGUAUUUGCCGUUAUGGCAUGUUUUAUCGUACUCCUCGUCCGAGUUAGCCCUGUUUGGCCCGAUGUUUUCUUGGGCUACGUACCCUCGAAGGCCCUUUUCCAAACAAAUCCAAAUGCCUUAUAUGCUGCUGUCGGGAUACUGGGUGCCACAAUCAUGCCACACGCGCUUUUCCUAGGUUCUUAUCUAGCUACCCAAGAUCGGGUAGCCCGCCCUGACGAACCUCUUCCUUCGCCUGUGAACGCGUCACCGGAUCCAUCAUCACGCAACUUUCGUAGCAGGUUCACUCGUUGGUUCCACUCACUGUUUGAAAUUUCACGCAAGGAACGCAUCGCCGCCUCUCGAGAUUAUCGAGACAAAUAUGGAAGAGAAAAUAAAGACCUUGGAUUUAUUCAAGCACAUAUGAACCACGGCCUUGUAGACGUGAUAUCCAGCCUGAUGUGUGUUGCCGUUCCCAUCAAUUCCGCCAUACUGGUCAUCGCCGCUACCGUUUUUCACGGAACGAAUGACUCAACGCCAGCUGGUUUAUUCGAUGCUUAUGAUCUUAUCAAGGCCCAUAUUGGGAAAGCCGCGGCGUUCCUUUUUGCACUCGCUCUGCUGUGUGCUGGCCAGACAGCAAGUAUUACCGCCACGUUGGCGGGUCAGAUCGUAUCCGAAGGUUUCAUCGAAUGGAGAAUUUCACCCUUCCUGCGGCGUAUAGUGACGCGCAUGAUCGGGUUGAUACCGUCAAUGGUUGUGGCUAUCGGUGUAGGAAGAGACGGUAUCGAUAUACUCCUGGUGGCAUCACAAGUCGCGUUGUCCAUUGUCUUGCCAUUCGUUGCCUUUCCACUAAUAUGGCUCACCUCAUCCACAUCGGUCAUGCGAGUGAAGAAACCCAUUCCUAUCACGGAGUCGCCUGAGACUCGCUCUAUGGAUCAACUACCCGAUGAACUAGAGUUGCAAGUACCAGAAACCACCAACGACGUCGUGCCUGAAAUAUUAGAGACACCUAUCUCGUCAGAAGAGGAGAAGAAAUGUGCUGUCGUUAUCGAAGAGAAGGGCGAGUAUGUUCCAAAUCAAGGUCUCUCGUCGGAGGAGAAUUCGGUUCUUGAGGACGAGUAUAUUGAUUACAGUAAUGGAUGGACAAUGACUCUACUUGUAUCGUUGAUAUUUUGCGUCGUCUUAGGAGCAAACCUGUACGUUAUUGUUGUGUUAGCCUUAGGCAAGAAGUAGAUGUUGCAAUGAAGUCUAUCUUCU